AUGGUCCUCUACAACGAUACGCCCACGAUACUUGCGACGGCUAGUGCAGCAACGAUUCUCUUUGCGCUGGGCCUCGCAUGGUUUGGAGAAGACCUGGACGGUAAAGAUGUUCUGGCGUCUGUAGCGGCCUACGCCGCGGUAAUGGUGGUUCUCAUGGGAACUUCCUCCUCAGUUCAUCACUUCCUCGCAGCUAGCCUGCCCACAUCUUCCACCUCUCUCGCAGGUGUCAUCAUGACAUAUUAUCGUGACGAGCAGGUCUUGUCCACGAUCAAUCGACAAACCGGGGCGUCGAAGUACAUGUUGUAUCUCAUCCUAGGCGGCAUCGCGACCAUCGCCAUCACGAUGCCCAUGCCCUACCAGUGUGUCUCAGCUAACACAGCGGCCGAUAAUGACACGAUUCUUGGCCAUCCUGGUGGUGCUGUUCGAAAGGUCAUUCAUUCGGUCAGCCUGGCUCCCCGAUCGGGGAUGGAGGACUACUGUUACGUGGCCGUGAAGAACCGCGGCAUCGGACCUGCACACAAUCUGAAAGUGACUCUGUAUGAAUCGAACAGUCCCACGCUCACCCUGUGGCGGGAGCACCUUCAAGCGCGGGAAACUCUGAGGCUCCACGGUUCUCUUAGUGAGAACAAGCAGCAACAACGCUUCCUCGGACCGUUUUCUUGGGUCGCAGAUACCAAUCGAUCAUUUGAUAUGGUUUGUGUAUUGGCCUGA